AUGUCCAAACCACACUAUUAUUCUGUAUUUAUGUCAACUGUGAAUGCGACAGAUGAUGAGAAGAAAUAUAUUCAACGGUAUACAUACAUUUCACUUUUUAUUAACAAGUUAGUACAUUAUCGUUCACAAUAUCCAAUCAUUUUAGGACAUCAGAAUACUUCUCCCUCUCUUGUUCUUGAUGAUUUUUUAUUUCUUGGAAAUUUUCAACAUGCAUUAGACGUAGAAUUAUUAGAACAAUUAAAAAUUGGACAUAUCCUCAAUGUAUGCGAUUUUAAAUUAUCCGAGAAAAUAUAUGAAAAAUUCAAAGUUAUAGAAAUACCGCUAAUGGAUGCAACUUAUGUUAAUAUCAAGCAACAUUUUGAUCGUACAAAUGCAUUAUUACAUGAUAUUUUUUUGAAAAAAGAACGUUGUCUUGUACAUUGUGCUGCUGGUGUUUCACGAUCGGCAACAAUUGUUCUUGCAUAUUUAAUGAAAUAUCAUCAUGAAACAUUGGAACUUGCAUUUCAUUCAUUAAUGGAUAAACGACCACAAAUAUUUCCAAAUGAAGGUUUUCUAUUGCAAUUGAUACGAUAUGAAAGAGAGUUGAUAAAAUCGAAAGAAAUUAAUCAGAAUGAAGAAAAUUUAAAUAUUAGUGAUGGUAAAGAAAAUAUACAGGAUAUAAUCAGUGAUGAUCAAACAAAUAAAAAUCCUAUUGAAACAGUAGAAGAAUUUACAGAAAAACAUGAUAUUCAUACUUCAACAUUUAAUAACAAAAUUUAA